CCAUCGCGCAUGCGCACACCUCCCUGGCCAUUAUUUUGUCCUCAGCGCUGGAACAACAGGCUGAGCGUUUCUGAAAAUGAAUUAAAUAUUAAACCGCGGAAGGAGGAUUCUCUUUUUGUGCGCCACCUCAGGCAUACAUGGAGCCUCUGGGUCAGUAGCUCGCUGUCUCGCCGGGCUGUGCGGUCCUCCUGUGGAGUUGGAGGCCGAGAACUGCGCGAAGUGACAGCCCCGUUAAAGCCAGCAGCUCGGCUGUUUAUCUUGUUGGCUUAGCCGCCUAGCUCGCUUCCUAGACAGCAGAAGGAGAAACAGGGCGAGGAGCGGAGCGGUUCCUCGAAGCGCUGGUCUGCGCGAGGAUGGCACAUCUACGAGACAUGCAAAACCAGAACACCAGGCUGGACCCCGAGGAGUACUUCACCAAGCAGGAGCGCAUCGGCAAAGGCUCGUUCGGAGAAGUUUACAAAGGCAUCAACAACCGCACCAAGGAAGUGGUGGCCAUCAAAAUAAUCGACCUGGAGGAGGCGGAGGAUGAGAUCGAAGACAUUCAACAGGAGAUCACAGUUCUGAGCCAGUGUGAUAGUCCUUUUGUCACCAAGUAUUAUGGCUCUUACCUGAAGGGAACCAAGCUGUGGAUUAUCAUGGAGUAUUUAGGAGGCGGUUCUGCUCUUGACCUCCUGCGUCCUGGGCCUCUUGAAGAGACUUACAUUGCAACUAUACUGAGGGAAAUACUAAAAGGGCUGGAAUAUCUGCACUCGGAGAGAAAGAUUCAUAGAGAUAUCAAAGCUGCUAACGUGCUCUUGUCGGAGCAGGGUGACGUGAAGCUGGCGGACUUUGGUGUCGCAGGUCAGCUGACGGACACUCAGAUCAAGAGGAACACGUUCGUUGGAACGCCAUUCUGGAUGGCACCGGAAGUUAUUAAACAGUCCGCGUACGACUUCAAGGCGGAUAUUUGGUCUCUUGGCAUCACUGCCAUCGAACUGGCGAAAGGUGAACCUCCGAACUCUGACUUGCACCCGAUGAGGGUCCUUUUCCUCAUCCCCAAAAACACACCACCCACCCUGGAAGGUCCUUACAGCAAGCCCUUUAAAGAGUUUGUGGAAGCUUGUCUAAAUAAAGACCCUAGAUUUAGGCCGACAGCCAAGGAACUUCUAAAACACAAGUUCAUCACACGUUACACCAAGAAGACAGCGUAUUUGAUGGAGCUUAUUGACCGGUACCGCCGCUGGAAAUCCGAGGGCCAUGGAGAGGAGUCCAGCUCUGAUGACUCGGACAUGGAUGCCGAUGGGGACAUGGAUCCAUGUCCCAUGUGGACCUUCCCCACAGUCAGACCCACGUCACUCAACAAGCUACAGAAGGGCUACACGCACUCAGAAUCUGAGUCUGUAGAUUCAGUGAAGAGACAACCCAAGUCCCAAUGCUUGUCUGCACUGGUGACGCCCAUCUUCAGAGAGUUGAAGGAGAAGAGGCGAGCAGGCGGAGGUAGUGUCGGAGCCAUCGAAGAGCUGGAGAACGCCUUCAACCUGGCGGAGGAGUCGUGUCCAGGCAUCUCCGACCGCCUUGUUACGCACAUGAUGGAGAGAGUCUGCAGGUUUUCUUUAAACGGUAACACCACGCCAUCUUCACGGUGAAGCACCUGCUGGAUGGACCUCUCAGACCCCACUCCCCCGUCCUCAUUUUGUGUCUCCGAAACCCGACGGAACUCGCUCUCCUCCCGACAGAGACCUUUUAAUUAGUUAUAAUUAAAUAUUUUUACAGUUUUACUUUCAAGAGCGGAGAGUAUUUAAAGCCAUGAAAAUUUAGCACGUUCUCUCAGAUCGAAGAAAAAAAAAUAAAAAAAUGGAAUAAUAUCUU